AGAGCCAAACACGUCAAGAAGAAGAAGUUCAACGGUCAUCAGGAAGCUACCCUCGUGUUAGACAACACCACACUUUUUAUAUAAUAACCUGAAAACACUUUUUUUUUCAGAGGAGUCAGCUGGCUGAAUAAGUCACCAUGUCCUCCUACACCUGCAUCAGCUGCCGAGUGGCUUUCACAGAUGGCGAGGUCCAGCGAGCGCACUACAAAACCGACUGGCACCGCUACAACCUGAAGCGCAAGGUGGCCGACAUGCCACCCGUCACCGCCGAAAACUUCCAGGAGCGCGUCUUGGCGCAGCGGGCCGCCGCCGAACAGCAGCUGAACGACGCGACGGUCGCCGAGGGCUGCGCCGUCUGCAACAAGAAGUUCUCCAGCGCCAACGCCUACCAGAACCACCUGCAGUCCCACAAACACCAACAGGCAGAGAAGCAGGCUUUGCUCGCCGCCCAGAGGAAAGUGGAGAAGAUGAACGAGAAGAACCUGGAGAAGGGACUCGGUGACGAGAAGCCAGACCACGACGCCAGGAACGAGGCCCUGCAGCGGGCCCUGAAAGAGCAGCAGAGGUCGAGCCCGGCCAAGCAAGGGACGGCCCAGACUUCACAAGGAGCGAAGAGGCCUGGGACGGAGAAACCGGAGAAACCUCCCAGGAUGAUGUGGCUGGAGGAGCAAGCUAAGAGGAGAGAGAGAGAAGAAGGAGCCACAGCUGAGGAAGAAGACUGGGAGGACGUUGAGGAGGAGGAGGAUGUUGACGAGAUGGAGGACGACGACGACGAAGAAGAUGCAGAGGAGACGAUGGAUCAGGAGGAAGGAGACUCGGCGGCUCUGUCGGACCCCUCGCCCGCCGCUCUGCCGGGCUCCAUCCCCGUCACAGACUGCUUGUUCUGCUCCCACCACUCCAAGUCACUCAUGAAGAACGUCGCCCACAUGACCAAAGUCCACAGCUUCUUCAUCCCCGACGUGGAGUUCCUCGUCGACCUCAAAGGCCUCGUCCGUUACCUGGGAGAGAAAAUCGGCGCUGGGAACGUGUGUUUAUGGUGUAACGAGAAGGGACGUUCGUUUUACUCGACAGAAGCGGUACAGAGUCACAUGACAGACAAAAGCCACUGUAAACUCUUCACAGACGGCGACGCUGCCCUGGAGUUCGCAGACUUCUACGACUUCAGGAGCAGCUACCCCGACAAGAAGGAGGCAGAGGAUGCUGACAUGGAGGAUGAAGAGCUGCCCGACGACAAGAACCUGGAGUACGACGACGAAACGCUGGAGCUGACUCUCCCUUCAGGCGCAAAGAUCGGCCAUCGCUCCCUCAUGAGAUACUACAAGCAGCGGUUUGGAAAUCAGAGAGCAGUGGCUCUGACCCACAAUCAGAACGCCGUCGGCAGAGUCCUCCGGCAGUACAAAGCUCUCGGCUGGGGAGACGCAGGCAACAGCUCCUUCCAUCAGAAACAGAAAGACAUGCAGUACGUACAGAUGAUGAAGUCAAAAUGGAUGCUGAAGAUGGGAAUGAGCCACAACGCCACCAAGCAGAAGCACUUCAGGGUCCAAGUUAUGUUCUAAACUCUCGACCGGAGGGAACGUGGUGCGACAUGGACUGGUGGAUUCUGACAUUUGUUUGACGUCAACAAGACUUCAAACACAGAAUCGAUUGCUGCUGUUGGUUCAUUUCACAGUAGCAGAAAGUAAAAUACUUGCAUAUCACUUCAUAACAGUCAUUCUUCCAUGUGUUUAAAGUAAAUGCAGCCAAUUUUACAUCCUAGAAGAGCAGUUUACGUGACAUUUUUCCCAAAUGGAAAACAGAAUUUUCCAACUGAAUGAAUGUGUGGAAAGCCUUAAGACCAGUAUGAGUCUUCACUGCAAAAGCAGUGGUGGAGAUCAAAGGCAUGAAUCAUCUUUUUUUAUAAAAUUAUUGUGAAACUACAUGGAUUGUGUAAAAACUACAGUAUAUCAAUAUUAAAGAGAUGGUCUCACUAUUCAAUUCCAAACCAUAACCAACCUUUUUUUUUUGUUUUUUUAAACUGAUGGGAUUACAUCUUCAUGAUUUAACCUGCUGCUAAUACUUUGAAGAGAAUAAAUGUGUUCCAUAUUUA